CACUGCGGCGUCGUGAUUUCGCGGUGCGGGGACGCGUGGUGGCGGAUUUGAAGGUGUCCCCUGACCCGUGGGAGUCCGGUCACAUACCGGCGGCUGUCCGGACCGCGCCAUGGUCAACCUGUGCUGCCUGUGCUGCGGUGACCUCCCGCAGCUCCGCCCCCCUCCGCCCGGCCGCCCCGCAGCCCCGCCGGAGCCCCGCAGCAGCAGCAGCAGCAGCCGCCCCGCACAGCAGCAGCCGCAGCAGCAGCAGCAGCCCGCAGCCUCCCGCCCGGACACUGCGGGGCCCAGCGGGGCGAUGGAGAGGGCGAAGCCGGGGAACAAGACGGACUGAAGCCGCUGCAGCAUGCGGUCAGACCGGGACUGUGAGGAGGACACGGGUCCCCGGGAGGACCGGGAGGGGGACCAGGAGGACCGGGAGGGGGACCGGGAGGACCGGGAGGACCAGGACUACUCACCCGGAGCCACUGAUGUCCCAGACGAGCAGCGCCCGGUGCAGCAGUCCCUGGGAGCCUGCGUCUCGGAGUCCCACUGGCGCUGCCUGCUGCUGUCCCUGCUCAUGUACAGCUGCCUGGGCGCCGUGGCCUGGUGUCAGCUGACCCGGGUCACCAAGAUCAGCUUCAACUCCGCCUCCUUCACGGCCUCCGUCGGCUCCUCGCUGCGCGGCGCCCCGGGGAUGGGCGGCGGCGGCGGCGGCCACUCCAUGAUCUACCACGACAGCCCCUGCUCCGACGGCUACCUCUACAUCCCGCUGGCCUUCCUGCUCAUGCUGUACGCGCUGUACCUGGUGGAGUGCUGGCACUGCCGGGCGCGCGCCGCGCUGCAGCACAAGGCGGACACGGACAGCGUGUACGAGCGCGUGCUGCGCAUGCGCCGCGCCCGGCCCUGCAUCUGGUGGAAGGCCAUCAGCUACCACUUCGUCCGCCGCACGCGGCAGGUCACCCGCUACCGCAACGGGGAUGCCUACACCACCGCCCAGGUGUACCACGAGAGGGUCAACACCCACGUGGCGGAGGGCGAGUUCGACUUCAGCCGCUGCGGGAUGAAGGACAUCUCCCGGGACCUCAGGGGCCUGGAGGGACACCCGGCCACCCGGCUGCGCUUCACCAAGUGCUUCAGCUUCACCGAGGCGGGCCCCGAGAACGAGUACCUCGACCAGAGAGCCCGCUUCUUCUCCGAGGUCGAAGGCCUGGACGACUACAUGGAGGCCCGCGAGGGGAUGCAGCUGAAGAACACGGACUUCAGGGAGAACCUGCUGGCCUACGUGGACCCGGACCGGAUGCCCUGGUACUCGUCCCGGGCGGCCUUCUGGCUGGCGGCGCUGCUCAUGCUGUCCUGGCCCCUCCGGGUGCUCACCGAGUACCGCACCGCCUACGUGCACUACCGCAUCGAGAAGCUGUUUGGGCUGGAGUACGUCCACGGCAGCCCGUCCCUGGGCGAGGACGGGCCGGCGGGCGGCGGCGGCGGCGGCGGCUGUGCCAUUCCGAGAGUAGACACGCUGGACAGCACCGAGAUGGAGUGGCACAUCCGCUGCAACCGGCAGCUGAUCCCCAGCUACUCCGAGGCCAUGCUCAUCAACGCCGGCGCCGCCGACUCCGCCUCCCUGCAGGACGCCUCGUCCUCCAGCCUGCUGGACGGCGGCCAGACGGCCCACAGCUACGGCGCCCUGCAGAGCCAGGAGGACUGCCGGCGGUGCGGCGCCGGAGGGGGCCGGAGGAGGACCGUCACCAGCUCCAGCUGCUCCUCCAUCUUCUCUUGCCGCGGCGCCCUGUUCCACUCCCACCUGUCGCCGGACACGUCCCGCUUCUCGCUGUGCCGCAUGUACGGCUCCCGCCGCACGGUGGCGCUGUGGAGGAGCUGCAGCAGCGAGCUGGCUGAGCCCUGCUGCGCCCAGGAGCAGUGCUGCCGCUCCGACUCCAGCCAGCUGGCGCUCAGCAGCAGCCCGCCCACCUACAGGGACGCCCGCUUCUUCCCCGUGCUCAUCGUGCAUCGGGCCGAGGGCGGCGAGGACGGCAGGGAAGUCAGGCGCUACUACAUCCGCAGGGGCUCGUCCUGCGUGGAGACGGCCCUGUGACGGCCCUGAAGAGGGCGAGGUUAGGAUAACUCAUAAAGAUUCAUCAUUGAAAGGUGCUUUUUCAGCAAAACUAUCAAAUAAAUCCAAAAUAAAUUAAGUCUUUUUAUGAGACUUUGUAUUUUUUAUUUACUAGAGUCACUGUGUCAAGUAUGUCUGCGCUAUGUAACUGUACCACACUGUCGUUAUGAAAAGAUCUCCUGUUGUUUGACAGUUUGUGCGUCUCCUCCUGCAUGAUCUGAGCAUCCACUGACUCCUACACCCGAAUUUUCUACUAAUGUUUCACGUUACGGUUCAACAUAUGUAUGUGUGUGGUAUACCUUUUUACAGAUAACUGUAACACGUAGAGGCAUACAGUGUGUCAAACACAUGAAGUAUAACCACCUGCAUGCCGUUACCAAGCUUGUCUUUUCGUUGAAUAACAGACAGCAAAGUUGAACCAAAGACACGAGUAUUGUAUUUUUUUACUUUUUUUUUUAGUAUUGAUUUAUUGAAUGCAUUGAUGUCAUUUAUGUGGUUUGGAAAACACGAUGUGAAUGUGAAAGGAACAGCAAUAAAAGCAGAAGUGAA